AUGAGACAAGCUGAGGACGGUCACCUCCCCCUUCACCACAACAACCCACUGCUGAGUUACAAGCCCCUCUUCAGCAGGAGCCCCUCUUCAGCAGGAGCUCCUCUUCAGCAGGAGCCCCUCUUCAGCAGGAGCCCCUCUUCAGCAGGAGCUCCUCUUCAGCAGGAGCCCCUCUUCAGCAGGAGCCCCUCUUCAGCAGGAGCCCCUCUUCAGCAGGAGCCCCUCUUCAGCAGGAGCCCCUCUUCAGCAGGAGCCCCUCUUCAGCAGGAGCCCCUCUUCAGCAGGAGCUCCUCUUCAGCAGGAGCCCCUCUUCAGCAGGAGCCCCUCUUCAGCAGGAGCCCCUCAGUGUUGGCACAUUCAUGA